GUUAGGUAAUACACUUUAUGGGUUCUAAGUCGGAGACUCAGUAGGGCUUCCUUACCGCCCGCGUCAGUCCCAGCCCGAGGCGCCAUGGCGGCGGGGCUUUUGCUCUGUAUUGCCUGGUACUAUACAAUCAUAGCUGGAUUUUAUAUUCUUUACUGCCCUGUUAUGUAUAUAAUGUUUGUCAAUCAUAAACUGUACAGAAAAAUUGUCGAUGUACUAUUUGCUCUAUGGGAAUUAUAUCCAGUGGCGCUGUUUCAAUGCUGUAUCAACACCCAAUUGCACCAUUAUGGAGAUUAUGUGGAUCCAGAUGAAAAUACGAUCAUAGUGAUGAAUCAUCGAACCAGGGUCGACUGGAAUUACGUUUGGAUUGCCCUGUACCACGCCACGCAAGACACCGCUCGACACGUUUGUACUUGUAAAGAAUCUCUUGAUAAAAAACACAGCCGAGAUGUUUUUGACAGAAUUUCAGGAGGAAAAUCAAAAAUCAAAUUCGUGUUGAAAGACGAGCUGAAAAUGAUACCUGGAAUGGGUUGGAUCAUGCAACUGAAUUUCUUCUUGUACGUGAAGCGAGAUUGGCGCGCGGACCAAUUGAGUUUAUCGCAAUUCGUUGAAUACUACAAAAAGUUGCAGUACCGGUGUAGGCUGGUGCUGUUCCCCGAGGGAACAGAUCUCAGUGAGGACAAUAAACGCCGCAGUGAUAAAUUUGCGGAUGCAAAUAAUUUACCAAAAUUCCAGUUCUUGCUUCACCCUCGCACUACUGGUUGGGUGGCCCUGUGCUCAGCGCUCAGAGGGUCUGGCCUGAAGUCAGUUUAUGACGUCACAGUUGCUUAUGACAAGCCGGCACAAACUGAGGCUGAUGUACUGUAUGGGCGAAUCCCAAAACAUGUCUACUUCCAUGUUAAAAAGCACUCCAUUGAGCAACUACCAGAAGAUGACCUAGCCUUAAGGGGUUGGCUCAAAAACCGGUGGAGUGAGAAGGAAAUAAGCCUAAGACACUUCCAUAUAAAUGGUAAAUUUAUUGAUGGUGCAACCAACAAGCCACCAGAUGAAAGGACGCCAAGAUCCUUGCAGAAUGCGAAAUUAGCUUUUAUAUUUUGGUCCGCAAUAGACGUUGUUUUCAUAUAUGGCAUGCUAAACAGUACAAUAUUUAUAUUCUGGGUUACGUACCAUAGUCUCGCCUUAGUAUUUAUAACAUGGAAGUUUGGUGGAUUUCAAAAUAUUCAAUACAAGUUGUUACAAAAAUUUAAAAUUUAAGUUCUCUAAUGUAUAUAAUUUCAGGUGUAAAUAUGAACACGAGCAAAGAUAUGCCCGCGAUACUAAAGCUGCCCACUACGCUGGCUCUUCUUUUCAGAUAUAAUGUAGCUAUUACAACUAGAAUCAAUGCAGUUUGUUCAAUUGAAUUCAAAAGUAUUAUAUCUUUUGUUUCUGGGAGCAAGUAACACAAAGAGGCAGCUGCAAAAGCUACUCCACUAAAUAUUAAAAUAGACACCCACUCUAUACCCAGGUUAACCACAAAAGGCGCAAUGAAACCUCCGAAUCUACCAAACAUGGAGGCAAAUCCUAAUGCAGUGUUUCUGAUCACAGUUGGAAAUACUUCAGACGUGAACAAAUAUACUUGAACAAAGGAUGUGUAAGCGCCUAUCAGGCCUAUAAUGGCAAAAGUUAACUAAUCAUCCAACGGGGAGACUCAGGAAUUAACCAAUAAUAAACUAUAACCAUUAGCCACGGCACCGAAGUCACCAAUUGAAGAUUUCUCCAAUCCCUAACAAAGUAAGCAAUGAUCGGCAGUAGAAGAUAUCCCAAAAUAAAUGAUAUUUCAUGAAGUCCAAUAACGUAUGGCCUAAAUGAUUUUCCACAAAGUUCUAUAAAUAAGACGUAACCGCACAACAUUGUUCCUCCCACUGCAGCUCCAAUCAAGAAGCGACAGACCAAAAACAUCCAAAAUUCUGGGACCAAGCCGGACAUUGCGACGAAGGCAGCCUCGAGAAAUAAAGAGAGGAGUACGGCAAGUUUACGUCCAUAUCUGUAAGAACAUAAUACAAAUGUGAAAUACUUAGAUAAGCAUUUAUAAAUAUAUUAACAACAGAUACAUACACAAUUAUAAAAAUAUUUUAUGCAAUCAAAAAGAUCUCACUCUAUAUUAUUUAAUCCAUUGAAAAUCUAAAAGUCAAAGUUGCUGGCUGAAGAAAUUGCUGGUGCGUGAAAACAAAAAUCCGGUCAAGUGCGAAUUGAACUCGAGCGAAGAGGGUUUACGUAUAAUUUAUUGAAUUAUUAUAAGUUUUUCUGUAAUCUACAAGCAAUGAACUAUAUUUUGUGUUAUUCAAAAUUUCAGGCUUAGUAGUGUCCGGAGAUUAAGGAUUGUUGCUAGCAACGCUAUGUGUGUCACGCUCGUGUACUCCAUAUGAGUUUCUGUAUUACAGUACUACUUAUUGAUAUGUAAACAUUUUUUAAAAUAAAUACAACAUUGAAAGCGA